GGAGUGGUCUGCAGGCCUUCUGUUUUCUCUCGGUCUACCUGCUGCGUCACCGACGUAGAAACUCUGUGAGAUAUCUAAAUGACGCGUAAGUUGACAAUUCAACGCGUCAAGAGAGUUCUAACCUGGUUUACCAACUUCUUGAGCUUCUAGAUAACGUUCUAGGCAUUCCCACAUUCCUACGUUUGGCUUACGAUUUUCAUCUUUUGAGGUAGCUGCCAUACAGACGAAGGGUAUAUCCUCCAAUUUAUCACCAAUAAAUUCUAGCUUUCUCUGCCAUUCUUCUAAUUUCGCCGGACGACUUUCGUAAUUCUGAUUUGAGAUGAUGAUAACCGCGUAUCCGUCGUCAAUUAAGCUAGACAGACGCUCUUUUAGAUUCUUAUGAAGAAACUUCCAAUCUGAAGCAUGUUUUGGGAACGUACUGCCACUUUUUGGUUUUAUAAGGGUGCCAUCUAAGUCGAAUGCUGCUAUCUUCCGAUGAGGUACGAAUUGACCGUAAACGCCAAAAAUGAUAGUUCGUGGUUGAUUGAAUGGUUUAUUAUGUUUCCAGAUAAUUUUUGAUGCUUUUUUACUGAAGUUUAGCGUACUUUGUCGAGUUGUCAUUGACGGUCAAGUUAAUGAGUGAUGCCUGAUCAAUGGUUGUUUGACAAUAAAGAAAUUAACGAAACACCGAGUUUUAAGGAUGGCAUAGAUACAGAUGAAGAGCAGAAGUAUAGAGUCAAUGGCGUCAAUUGGUUACUGCGAAUUGGUGUAACAGCUAGAGUGCGGAAUGACAGCUUAUACAACGCUUGCACAUACUUUCAUAGAUUCUACAUGCGUAACUCUUUCGCUGAUUUCGAACCUGAAGAAAUAGCUCUCACUUGCCUCUUUCUUGCUUGCAAAUCGCAAGAUUCUAUGAAGCAUGUCACUCACCUUGCCGCCCUGGCUGUAUACAAACGUCGGACAGAUAUAGCUAAAGCUGAGGGUAAAAAACCCUCAACCGGAGAGCCAAUGCAGAUUAAAGAUGAGCCUGAAGUACUUAAACUCCAAGACUCAAUGCUGAGUGCUGAGAUACAUCUUUUGCGUACUCUAGCGUUCGAUUUAGCUAUUCAUCAGCCAUUCCCACUUAUUCUUGAUGCAGCCCGGAUGCUCAAAUUAGAGAAAUUUGAUUUGGUAAUGAUGCAAGCUGUCUUAAACGACAGUAUGAGAACUACAAUUUGUUUAUCAUACCCUCCAAAUAUCAUAGCAAUGGCCUGCUUUAUUUUGCCAAGUGCCGUUUCACGGGAAAUGUACCUCAGUGAAACUUACAGGAAAGUUGAUUGGAAGGAUACCCACUCUUGGAUGUCAGCGUUUGGUUUUGAUGGUAAAAACAGUCAAGAAAGACUAAUGAAGCAGCAGCAGCAAACAAUCAAAAGAAGUCGGACAGGCAGCAGUUCUCCUAAUAGUAGUAAUAAAAAGUUGAAGGCUGAAAAUGGCUUCAGCAGUGGUGCCUCACCAGCUGAUAAGGGUAUCGAUGAGAGGCUCAAAGCUACCGAUCCAGAUAGCGAAAUACAAGAGAGUCUAAAUGGAAAACAUACACUCAAUGAACAACAAUUAGAUGUACACAUAGACGGAAAUAAUGAAAUAACCAGCAAAGAGGUAGAAAAAGUCGAAGAAUUUGCUCCUGUUAGGGAUCCCAAAAUUGAAAAUAUUCUCGUAGAUGUACGUGAUGCUAUGUUUAGGAUAACGCAGCUAUUCAAAUAUUUCCCAAAUGACGCACGCGAAUAUCAAAACGUUAAUAAAGCCAGAAUAGACGCACUACUUGCGUCAUUCCCUGAGCGACCUCAGGGUCAACAGAAAAAUGCAAUUUAGAUGACUAUGUCACAUAGAUAUAUUAUUAUUUUUUUGAAUGUUAUUGUCCAUGUAUAAA